AUGGGGAACAGCCCGUCAAAGUCUAAUAACACUAAUUUCGCAGUACCGAAUUCGUCAACGAGCCAACAAUUAACCACUCCCAGUGAUGACCUUAACGCUAAUGAACCUAAUGACCCAGAUGAUAGUAGGUUACUACCUACUAUCAGCAACAAUGACCAUUCGACUACGAAGAAUAUAGAUAUUACAGCAAAAACAACGGGUUCAGCAGCCGGUAAGCUGAAAAGUGGCAAGAAUUUGAAGAGGUAUUCGCCUCCAGUGACGGCGUCCGCCGACUCGGAUUUGACUAUGGUGCAUCAGACUCCUCCUUCUAUGAGGAAAGGACGUAAGUCUAGUUUCACCUUUGAUGUGGAUAUUUCGACCGCCAAGGCAUUUGCAUCCGAUCAAGCAAAUGGGCACAGUGGCAGUGACAGUAGUUACAGCAGUCAGGACUCUUCGGGGAGCAGCAGUAACACUUUGUUCUCACCUUCUCCCUCAACUACCACAACUAGCACUUGUGCGAAUAACAUUACUUCGUCGUUUAACGACUCGGUUUCCAACAAUUUUGCUUAUUUGAAACCCACGGCGAGGUCGCCUCAGGGCAACCUUCGUAAGCAAAUUGUUCACAAGGGCGUCGAGAAUAACUCUUUGGUUAAAUCGGGUACUUCUAUUCCGAACUAUAGAGACUUAGAGAAAAGAGUUUUCCUCAAGAGGCACCCUCAUGAUACUACAUCCAAUGACGGAUUGGACAUCGACGAUGCCAUUGAAAAAUUGUUAAAAAUCGGUGAGACAAGGUACUACAAGUCCCGCGACUUCCCUUUCAACUCGUGGGAAGUUCAGUUGAUCUGCUAUCACGCAAGGGAAAUCUUCAUGAGUCAGCCUUCUCUGUUGAGGUUACAGGCACCCAUCAAGGUCGUCGGUGAUAUUCAUGGCCAAUUUACAGACCUUCUGAGAAUCUUGAAAUUAAGUGGUGUUCCAGCAGAAACAAAUUAUCUCUUCCUGGGUGACUACGUUGAUCGUGGUAAACAAUCUCUAGAGACAAUACUAUUGUUGUUCUGUUAUAAGAUCAAAUACAGAGAUAAUUUCUUCAUGCUGCGAGGCAACCAUGAAUCUGCCAAUGUGACCAAGAUGUACGGCUUCUUCGACGAGUGUAAGAGAAGAACUUCAUCAAAGACCUGGAAAAUGUUUAUCGAUGUGUUCAAUACUUUACCAUUUGCUGCAAUCAUUCAGGACAGAAUUUUCUGUGUACAUGGUGGUAUCUCUCCGGAGUUAAAGUCUUUGAAACAAAUUGAAAAUAUCGUUAGACCUACUGAUAUUCCAGAUGAAGGUCUCGUCACAGAUAUACUUUGGAGUGACCCUGAUUCUCAAGUGAGUGACUGGUCGCUCAACGAUAGGGGUGUCUCUUACACUUUCGGUAAGAAAAAUGUUAUUGAUUUCUGUUCGUCUUUCAAUUUUGAUCUCAUCAUCAGAGGUCAUAUGGUGGUUGAAGACGGUUACGAGUUUUUCGCAAAGAAGAAAUUUGUUACAGUUUUUUCAGCUCCAAAUUAUUGUGGUGAGUUUAAUAAUUGGGGAGCUGUCAUGAGUGUUACCACUGGUCUCAUGUGCAGUUUUGAGCUUUUGAAACCACAUGCCGCAGAGAAAUCCAAUCAGAAGAAAACCAUUUCAACCAAUGUUAAGACCAAACCUAAAUCUACUAAGAAAUGA